GUAGUGACAGUCUAUUGUAGAUUUAUACCAUCAACAGUUCCCUAUAAAGUAUCGCCUUCGAACUGUUAGUAUUACUACCUUAGUAAAAGUGUUAGUUGAACAAACAAAAUGUCCGUGUCUGAUAUUUCUUUUCGAAUACCUCUAGGACUGUUGUUAAUUGUUAUUGCACUCGCUGGAUAUUUUGUGAACGUUCUGGCCUUCGUGGUGUAUGUUUGCAGACGAAAACUACGCACCCCGCCAUUUUACUUCAUAGUACACCUGCUCGUUGUGGAUCUACUGGCUGUCGUCUGCUGGACUUCUCUGUCGGCUGCUGCUGCCGUGGCGGGAAACUGGCCACUUCCAUUUGUCGUCUGCCAGAUCCAAGGCUACAUCAUGUCGUUCUGUAAUCUCAUUAACAUGCACACCAUGACGGUGCUAGCCAUCGAAAGAUGUUUACUGAUGGCAAAACCCUCCUUACACGAAGACUGUUUUGCUGGGGUUUACACGGGAUUUUUCAUAGCUGCGUUAUGGGUAACGGAUGCUGUAAUUGCGGUUUUCUCCGCUGUGCACUGGGCCGAGAUGCUGUACUCUCCUUACCAAUACCAGUGCUAUUCCGAUCACGACAGAAGUGUUUCGCACUUGAAUUUCUUCUUCACCAUGACGUACGCUUUACCCAUGUUCUUCAUGUUCGUCCUGUACGUGAUAUCAUUCUGCUACGUCUAUGACAUCAGAACACGGAAGGUGUCGCCGUCUGGUGCUCUUGUUCUGGAAGUAAAUCAAUUCGCGAUUGGCGACUCUUACUCCGAUCGAUUAGCGAGACAAGAGGAGAAAUUCAAAAACGCUGGAAUGAGACCAGAUAAACCAAACUUGGGCAAAACGAUGACGUUUACGCCACGUGGUUACAUCACCAAUGAUACGGAAACUGAAGAUGGACCAGAACCUUUGCAGAAAGUGAAGAAGCGGGAAUAUUUCUUAGCCAAGCAUGACUAUGAUCUGAUGAAAGCGUAUGUGGUGAUGACUUGUGUCUACGUGGCCUGCUGGUUCCCGUACGUGAUGCUGAGUUACGCCUGGACAUACAAACCAAGGAGCUACUCCACACUGCCGUGGGAAGUGACCACGGUCUUCACGCUGAUCACUCACUGUGGCUCUUUCGUGAAGCCUCUCAUACUGGUGUUAAUGGUCGAGUCAUUCAAAGUUGCUCUGCUCAGAACAGUUGCUAGAGAUGAAACCAAGAAACACAUAAAGGAAACACCAGUUACACAGUGGAAACGUUGACCGUAUUCUUAUAAGAUGUAUUUCUCCUCAACUACAAUCCCCUCCCUCCCUCCCUCCCCCCCCCCUCCCUCCCCCCCCCCCCCUCUCUCUCUCUCUCUCUCUCUCUCUCUCUCUCUCUCUGGAUAUAUACCAGAUACGUUCUUAAAUUUAACUAAGUUAUGGGCAGACCACGUGGGAACCUCAGGCGUGGUGUCUCCCAUCUGAGGUCCACAGACAUACUUUAUGAAAAUAAACUAGUGCCCCAUGAUUGGUCAAUAAAAGGCUAUGAUCUGUGUUUCUAUUACAAGAAUGAAUGUGCAAAAUAUUAUA